AUGGGAAAGGCAACAACGCCGGGCGGCGAGCCGGCCCGCACCACUUCACCUGUCCUCCGAGCCCGGGCCCAGCGUCCUCGCCGCUUCCUGCUUCCGCGGCGGCGGCCCGGCGUGUCGCCGUGGCUCCUGGAACCCCGCCCCGAGGCCUCAGUCGGGCGGAGAAAGCCCGCCCGGCGCCGGCGUUCUGGAAGGCGGGCCGCGGGAGCUGGCGGGCUCUGCGGGCGGAGCGGGCUGCCCGCGCCCCGGGCUCGCGGCCUGCCUCCCAGGAAGAUAGCCACGGCGGGGGCUCCACUGGCAACUCCAAACAAUAGGGCCAAAGAAAGGCAAACACAUCCACUUGGCGGCAUCUACCUCGACGACGCGGUCCUUGGUGCCAUCCUAAAAUGUCUUCUAGACUUUUCUGUGUGCUGGAGUCUUGAGUACUGUCGCCCAGUGGACCCCCUGGGAAGUCGCCGCAAACGGCGGAGGGCGGGGGACGAGGACAACAGCCGAGAAAGGCGAGGGGAGCGCACGGACGGGAAGUCGUUGGGGCGUGGACAGCCCCGUUGGGGGAGGAGGGGCGCCGCCAGACCGCGCUCCCGGGACCCACGCCGCGUCUCCUUCGCCUUGUCUUCCCCAGGGCCUGGCAGUGCCUUCAAGAAGUGCGUGAUGAACAAAGGAGGCGGUCAGAGGGACUAUUUAUUCUGACUGCCCAGAUCUUUAUGGGGACUAUCUAAAGAAGCCCUGCAGCUGAAGCUGGACGCUUCCAUGCUCUGCUUCGAGAAACAACCAUGACCGUGACACUGAUGUCCAUGCCAUCACCAAAGACAUUUACACUGCACACCAGGAAAUUCAUCGGAUUGCCACUGCUGUCCUUGCUCCACCAUCUAAAGGUGCUUCAAGACCAACAUCUAGAAGUCUUCUCAAAUGACUGCCCUCUGAACUCACAAAGGGGGUUUAUGGUCUGCUCAACCAUUACUUUUUGGGUUUUGUUUGUUUUCAUAAAAAUGACCCUCAUUAAAUGCCUGUUUGCUUGCACCAUAUAGAAGCCUAACUUAGGUGGGUACCUUACUCCCUCCUGCACCACCACGUCCUGAAAUGAGACACGACUGUUUAGCUGGACUGACCUGUUCCCAGGACUGAGAGACUAGGAGAUUGAUUUCAUGAGAUAUGGGGCAACAUGCUUAGAUUUGUUCUUUUCUGCUUAUUUAUUCUCAUUCCAGUAGAUGUUCUUCCCCCUUUGCAGAUCUCUUACCCUGCAACUUCUAACCUAAAUCUCUUCUCCACAGCUACCAACUUUUCAUAUGUGAAAGUUCCUGUAAAGUUUCAGGCAGGAGAAACAAAGGAGAUCAGAAUAUGUUACGCCAAAAUAUGCCACUUUGUCAUAAGGAUUAUUUUGAUUUGAAGGCAACUGAGAAACAGCAAACACAGCAGGAGCUCUCUACCCUCCCCCAUCUGCCUAAAAGCAGGGCAUAAUUCUCUCUUCCAUUUGUAAAGGAAAUUUCCAUUUGUAAAGGUGUCCCCUUCUCACAUACCAGGAAGAGGAGAACUGUGAGCCAACUCUUAUCACCUGAGAUGACUUGAGACUGCCUGAUAAACCUUACUAAACAACUCAUUUACCAUGCGUUUCCUAGUCGCCUUCCCACAGCUUACCAAAUCCCCCUUUUCCUUUGCCUAAUCUCUUCUCCACAAUUUAUCACCCUUUGUGCAAAUGGUGCAUAAACCCCGGGCCUAACUGCUUCUCUGGGUUUGUAUUUCUUUUCUAGGCAGCCUCUGUAUGCAUGCAAAAUAAACCUUUUCUCCUGUUAA